UGUUUUGUCAUUCCAAUGUCGUAUUAUUACCUCAGUAUAUGGUUAAUCAUUAAGAUAGUGUCUCUUGUCUCCAGUGAUAAAACAUUAAAAAUGUUAAAAUGCGCAUUUAUCGCAUCACUAUUUGGAAUAGCGCUUUCUAUAGACGAUCCAUGCACGUCUGCUACACGAUUGCCUUCCCUCUGGAAGCGCUUUAGUGGAAUGACUCUCCCCGAAGGAGAUUCAUUCGUCUGCGACUAUUAUCUGACUGAAGGAUGGUACUCUAUGUAUGAUUACUAUAUCUCUGGAUCUUCAGAAAGUUGUGGAACUUCAUUUUCGUGGUACAGAACAGAUACUCUACCCGAGGAAGGUACUAAAGAACUGUCACUUUGUGCGUCUUACGAAGAAAACAAAUGCAUUGAUGAACGAAGUAUCGACGCAAAGAUAUGUGAUGAUGGAACGUAUGUGUUUUAUUUGACGCCGUUAGACUCGUGUCCGGAAGCUUACUGCAUCGAAACAAAAACUGGAGAAAUACCAGAAGACGACGGAACACAACUGGAUGUUUCUAGCAUUGACCCCGUAGUAAUUGCUGAUACGGAAUGGGUCAAUGAAGAGAAAAUCAACUAUCUAUAUUUCUAUUGCGAUUUUGAUCCAUUGGAUGAUUCGAAAUACCUUUAUUUUGUCGUUUGGUCUGAAACUGAAGACAACGUCUGGAUAACUGAACUACAUGCACCUGAACCAGCCAAGUUUAAUACACUUGAAGAAUUUAGAAGAAAUACUAGACUUACGCAUAAACAUCUAGACGCCAAGGCUAAGCGCCUCAAUAUAAAGAUUGCAUGUUCUGUAACUGCAAGACGCUACAUAUUCUCAGUUGACAGUGACACAAGACUUAGCGAGGAACAGUUUUUCGGAAUCGAGAUGAUAAACAGCAAAAGUCUUACCAUCGAAUACGAUCCAGAGAAGGACAUAGGUGAUCCAGUAUAUGUGUCCUUUAAACUCAGUGUACCAUUUGGAGGACGUUUUGGUUCAGCAAAGGAUGAUCCUAAUCAGUUUUACUUUUAUCUGAACAUGAAGCAUAUAGAUUCGAAUGGGCAAUGUAAAAUAAGUGACUUAGUCACGGCUCAAAACAAGCAUGUCCUUCGUAAUUGUGGCUCCAGACUCACGCUUAAUGAUUAUCAAAAUGGAAAUGUUGAGAAAACGGAGUUGAAACUGAGAAAAGGUGAUGGAUUACUGAGUUGGAACCACAAGUUUUUCAUUUUCUUUCAAACCCAAACGCUUCCAUUUGAUCCAUAUCUUAGUGAACUAAAUAUGCCACUUAUAUCGGUCACAGUCAAACAGAGGCUUGGAGUUAUGGCGGGGAAAUACUGCUACUCACACAAUGACCCACACAUGAGAACAUUUGAUGGAAGAAGGUAUGAUAACCAUGUGCCAGGGACACACAUUCUAUACAGAAACAACAGGGAUAAUGCACAGGUUCAGAUGAAGACGGCCAAGUGUGGAGGCGCAUCCUGCAACUGUGGCAUUGCAGUGAACGUAGGAAGGGAUGUUUUCGUCAUAAAUGCUUGCACGUACCGAAUACGAUUCGAUAUAAAAUUUAAACAGUGUGAUGACGGCUUAUUAAGGGAUAAGGUUACGAAAAGCGGAAAUACUUAUAAGGUGUAUUUUCCUUCUGGUGCCGAGGUUCACAUUUCACUAUGGAGUCCACCGUGGAUGAAUAUUCAGAUAAAACCAUCGGUCCAGGAUUUCAACAAUGUUGAAGGCAUGUGUGGUUCAUUUGACAAUAAUCCGAACAAUGACCGCGGUACUGGCUGGGGAGUAACCGAUGGACUUGACGAUCUAUUCGUUGAAAGCAACCUGAGAACAUAUCCCUGGCCAGGAGAGCAGCUGUUCUGUGAGUGUAUUUAUCCAGACCCAGACAAUCAACCGUUGGACCCUCUAGACUACAUUGUUUGUAGUGUUGAUGAAGCAAAGAAAUGUGAUCUAAGUAGGGACGAAUCCGUUUUCAAUUUAUGUUACCCGCGAAGUGAAGGGCUGAUUUCGAGGAAAAGACGAGAAACUCUUACUGUAGGAGGUGAUGUACAUGAAUCUUCAGACACAUCGUAUCGGGCACCCGCAGAAGAUGAUGCUGGUCAGGCAAUUGUUGACUUUAGCCCGGAGGAAGCUCUUGCAUACUGCCAAGAAGCUUUUGACAUUCCAGUUAUGCACAUCUGCGACCAGAUUCCUAACUUUAAUGUCACAAACGCUAUUUACGAUUGUGUUUCUGACAUUGAGAGCACGAACACAACAGAAUGGACAUUGGCAAACAUUGGUGCCAUCACCUCCCUUUGUGAGAUGUGGAUUUCAGACAACACCCCGCCUCCUAUUGAAUUUCUAAACAAUGUAACACUUAUCAUAAAUGGAGAAGAGUACGACAAUCUUACCGAAGACCUGCUGUCUGGCAUUAUCAACCCAGUCUUUACAACAUCGACUCUGCAAUCUGUUCAAAACCUAUAUUGUCCAAAUCAGUGUCUUAAACGAGGAGAUUGUGUAAAUGGCACAUGUCAGUGCAACGAGAUGUAUACAGGAAUUGAUUGCUCCAUUAACCUACAAAAGCCCCCUAAAAUGUUGGGGAUUCCAGAUAAUGGCAAGUGUGAUAGAGUUCAACGACUAUGUGAGCUGACAUCCGUCUACGUUUCGAAUAUUGCAGAAAAUUGCUCUUGCGUGAAGACAAGUUUAAAGGUGUCAAAUAAUGGAACAAUAACCGAAGGAGAAACGCAAACAGUGCAAGCAAAUAAGCUCUCCCCAACAGAAGUUCAAUGUUCUUUACCAACCAGUUCCCGACGCAAACGCCAGACGGAUGAGGACACUCCUAAUGACAUCAUAGCCGAAGGAUUUAACAUUUCUAUUACAAACGAUGGCUACGAAACAAGCGAAGGAGAUAUCAUCAUCAUUUACGAUUCUGAAUGCGUCAAUUGUUCAAGCGUUGACGGGGAGAUAGAAUGUCAUACGCUGCUCGAUACCGGUCUUUGUGUGAAUAAUGGAUUAUGUUACGAACAAAACAGCUCAGUUGGCUGUUAUGAAUGCCUGGAAGUUAAUGGUGUAGCGUCGUGGAUAAACAUGUGUGAUAUGGACGACUGUUCCAGCGACCCCUGUCAAAACGAGGCCACUUGUGUUGACGGCCAAAGCUCGUACACGUGCUCGUGCGCCCCAGGGUGGGAGGGCACACAUUGUGAUCAAGAAUUGAAGAGGUGUGCCAGCAGCCCGUGUCAAAACGAGGCCACUUGUGUUGACGACCAGAGCACGUACACGUGCGCGUGCGCCCCAGGGUGGGAGGGCACACAUUGUGACCAAGAAUUGAACAGCUGUGCCAGCAGCCCUUGUCAAAACGAGGCCACUUGUGUUGACGGCCAGAGCUCGUACACAUGCUCAUGCGCUCAAGGGUGGGAGGGCACACAUUGUGAAGAAGAAUUGGACAGGUGUGCCAGCAGUCCGUGUCAAAACGAGGCCACUUGUGUUGACGGUCAAAGCUCGUACACAUGCUCGUGCGCCCCAGGGUGGGAGGGCACACAUUGUGACCAAGAUACAAAUGAAUGUCUCAGCUACCCAUGCAAGAAUGGUGCAACCUGUUCUGAUUUGUUUAACGCUUACGAAUGCAAGUGUACAAACGGAUAUGUAGGAAGGAACUGUGAUGCUAGUCUUGAUUAUGCAUGCUACGGUGCUCGUUUGUUGCCAAAUUUGAAGAAACGGGUUGUUGGAUAUACUUCUAUGGAAGGCGAAACUGCUGUUUGCGAUUAUUAUCUUCUUCCAAAGUGGUAUCAUAUGUGUGGUUUUGUACUUUCGUCGCAACAGCAAGGUUGUGGGACAAUUUUCAACUGGUAUACAAUCGACACAUUACCAACAAGCGGCUCAAAAGAGCUACAGGUGUGCAUGACGGGGCAAAACAUGACUGCAUGUGAGGAGACAGACACAGUUACAGCCGCGAAAUGCCCGGAUGGAAACUACACUUUCUUUCUGUCAGAUCUCGCGGCCUGUCCUGAGGCUUAUUGCAUAGAGCCACUGGACGAGAACACUGACACAUCCCUAGCCUGUGUUUCAUAUCCAAGUGGAACUUUUGGUGGAUUUUGUCAUGACGAUGUGCCGUGCUCAUUUGACCAUUCCACGUGUCUGCUCUACAAGUGUGAAUGUUCAUCUGGAUACUAUUAUAACGUUGAUCGAUGUUUACAAGAUGGUGAAGUUGGCGGAAAGUGUUUUGCGGACGGUUCUUGUAACGCGGAAGCCAUCUGUUCUGGGUACUUCUGCGAAUGUGGCGAGGGAACAACUCAAGUCGACGAUUCUUGUUUAGCACAUGGACUUACUGGGGCAAGUUGUCUUGACAAUGAAGUAUGUGAAGACGAAAACGCGUUUUGCCAGAAAUCUGAACAGUGCCAGGAUCAACGAUGCACAUCAACAUGCGUGUGUAACCUCGGUUACAAAUUAACUGAGGACGGACAUUGUAAAGAAGCUCCAGAAGACAAUCCCGACGAUGGAAACAACAUAGGGUUGCUGGUAGCAAUAAUUGUACCUACUGUAAUUGUACUGAUUGCCGUUGCUGUAGGAUUGGCUGUUUUUAUAAAGAAAAUGAAGGCACCCAAGACACAUAUCAACUACUCGUCACAGAAACAUUGCGAAACGCCUAAGAACAUACAUUAUAAUCACGGAAGACCGGUAUCUCCAGGCAGCCAUCGACCGACAUCUUCAGAAUUCUCCCGACCGACAUCUCCAGCAUACUCUCGACCGACAACUCCAGGAUACCCUCGACCUACCUCGGCGGGAAAUAUAUUUCUAGCGUCGGACUUUAAAUGUGAUUUGUGAACAAUGACCGAAAAUGUAAUACAAUUGUUGGUUUAAUAUCAACCUUACAACAUUUCUACGUUUUUUUGGAUUCACGUGAAAAUACUAAGUGUAUCCAAAUGUUUUCAAAUGUUAUCACGCGCAAUGCUUAAGUUGAGAAAUGACCUUUUUAAGACACAAACAAUAGAAUAAAUCCGCAGUAAACCCUCGUCGUUGACCGUUCCAAGGCGGUAUCUUCAACAUUUAUUUAAUCAUAUACAUUUAGUAUGAUGCAUGUCCAAUCUGUGUACGUUUUUUUGUGACUUGUUUAGUUUAUCUCUCAUUUAGCGUCUGUGAAGCCUAAACAGCGUGCCCUAACACGUUAGCCGCUGGCCUGUUCCUCUUGUUUAUUGAGUAUUACCAUAUAAUUAUGAUAUACCAAACCGAGUUUUAUUUAGUGCAACUUGGAAAUAUUGAACUGUCAUUCACUCACCUGAAGUAAAACAAUCGUUGUUAAGUAGGUAUAUACAUAUCUGUAUAUAUUGCUUUUUUCAUCCCGUUGAUUGGAGUUGCAUGUUUUAAGUAUUAUUGUAUGCGAUCGCGACAACUGAGUUCACUUAGUACCGCAUCUCACUAAUGUUCCGGUGGUCGUCAUCGACUGUUGCUCGAGCCCAGUUUAUAUUUUGUUUCAUAAUAACACUUACCGAUUGUGAAAAGGAUCAUUCAUUUUUUUAGUUUAUCACCUAAAACAUGACCAUUUGGCAAAUUGGCAUUUCUUUCAAAAUAAAUUAAUGCCCUUUAUAUGAUCUUUACAAUCACACUACUUCCUCUGAAGUGCAAAAUACCUUUAUCCCAUUUAAAUGAAACUACUGAUAAUAACCCUACACUGCCCACCAUAGGCUAUGUAAGGGAGUUUAGCGUACUUUAGAGGGAGGCAAGAGGCAGACAAUUUAGAUAGAUUUAUUAAUAUACAUAUAUAGUACCAGCAUGGUUAGUGAAGUAGCUUCUUUUGACUGAAGAUGAACUAUAAAAAAAUCAUAUGAUCAUAUCGUAUUUUAACAAACAUUUUUAGAAUCAUGUUAUUUGACAUAGUAGUCAUUUCCUUUUAUUAUACUCGUAUAUAAAGUAUAACCUAUUAACGUCGACUUCUUCUCUGAAUUGUUGUUCAAUAUCACGAAAUUGUUUCGUUUCGUCGAGUAAUAAUCUUCAUUUGUUACCUUAUUGUUGUUUAUGUAUUAACUACUCGGUGAUUAUAUUCGGAAUAAAGCAUUCCAUUGUAUAAAACAUACUACCAUAUUUACAAAUAUGUUAACAUCUUCAUAAGCUGUACUUAGCUUUACUCACUCAUGAAAUAAAAUUAAAAAAUGUC